UUUUGCUGUUUGACUUUUGAAAAAAAAAAAAAAAAGGUAAACUACUGGCUCCUAGCACUUGACAGGGUAAUCCAAUUGUUACUGAUGUCAAGUUCCAGUGACUCCUAUAAAUGAGGGGUUGGGCAAUUCUCUGCUUUGGAGCAGUGUAACUCUGAAGAUUAUUAACCUUUCUCUUUAAAGAAAAGUACCUUUAACUACACGAUGAGCGCAUCAGUGGCUGUGUAUAGGAAUAUAUACACUGAGGACCGGUUCAAACAAGCUUAUGGUACAGAAAACCAGUCUCGAGGCAGAGUGCGGCUCCGCGACAGACUCGCCCAAAUAUGCCGCUGUUCUAGGGUGAAGUGCGUUCACCUGCUCAAGAAGAGAGUGCCCAUCUGCAACUGGCUGCCAAAAUACAAGCUCAGAAAAUGGAUUUUAGGAGAUAUUGUGGCCGGAUUGACGGUUGGAAUAGUACAUAUUCCCCAAGGCAUGGCCUUUGCAUUGUUGACAUCAGUGGCUCCUGUCUAUGGCCUUUACACAUCCUUCUUCCCUGUGGUUCUUUAUAUGCUCUUCGGCACUGGUCACCAUGUUUCCACAGGUACCUUUGCUGUGUUGAGUCUGAUGACUGGCUCAGUGGUGGAGCAAAUGGUUCCCACUCCACUUGCUCUAAACACCAGUAGCCCAGAGGCUGCAGAGUUUGAGGCCCAGAGGAUUGGAGUGGCAUCAGCCGUAGCGUUCCUCUCAGGCAUAAUGAUGCUCUGCAUGUGUGGGCUCCAGUUGGGUUUCCUCUCCACAUAUCUCUCAGAACCGAUUGUAAAGGCAUUCAUCAGUGCAGCCGCCUUCCAUGUGACUGUCUCACAGCUUCAGAGCAUGCUGGGAUUGCGGCUACCUCGAUUCACUGGUGCCUUCUCUCUUUUUAAGACUCUGGUUUCAGUGCUGGUGAAUCUGCCCCACACUAAUUUGGCUGAGUUGGUGAUCUCACUACUCUGCCUGGCUGUCCUGGUACCAGUAAAAGAGGUCAACUCACGCUUCCGAGAGCGACUCCGGACUCCCAUCCCUGUGGAGAUCAUCACUGUUAUAAUUGCAACGGGAAUUACAUAUGCAUCCUCUCUAGAUUCCAAAUACGACAUACAGAUAGUAGGACAUAUUCCAGCUGGCUUCCCAGAGCCAGGGCUGCCUGCAUUGGAGAUGGUUCCAGAGAUUGCUGGUGACACAGUUGCCAUCACUCUUGUUGGCUACGCUGUAUCCGUAUCUUUAGCCAUGAUUUAUGCCGAUAAACAUGGAUACUCCAUUGAUCCAAAUCAGGAGCUUCUAGCACAUGGGAUUUCCAACACUGUGUCGUCUCUCUUCACCUGCUUCCCAAGUUCCGCUACCCUGGCCACCACCAACAUUCUAGACAGUGCCGGAGGUUACACACAGCUUGCAGGACUGUUCACAUGUCUGGUUGUUCUUAUCGUACUUCUGCUGAUAGGCCCUCUGUUCUACUUUUUACCCAAGGCAGUGCUUGCAUGUAUAAAUGUGACCAGUCUGAGACAGAUGUUCUUGCUGUUUCAGGACCUCCCAGACCUUUGGAGAAUUAGCAAAAUUGAUUUUAUGGUGUGGCUGGUGACCUGGUUGUUAGUAGUUGUGCUAAAUGUAGAUAUGGGUCUGGCCAUUGGCGUGGUGUUCUCCAUGAUGACUGUUAUCUGUCGCACACAGAGGGCCAGCUGCUCAGUGUUGGGGAGAGCUGCCAACACAGAGAUCUACAGAUCCAUCGACAAUCACAAUAAAUGCUAUGAGGUCCCUGGAGUGAAGAUCCUGACUUACAAUGGGCCUAUUUACUAUGGGAACCGUAGCUUUUUCAAGGCAGAUAUAACUCGGCUUCUGGGACUCACCCCUGAGAGGAUACGGAGCCGAGAGAAAGCCAUGAAGGCUAUAGAGAAGAGAGCGAGUGAGGCCAUCAGCACUGUAGAACAAGGAGUUGCAGACAGUCCAUUUUCUUCAAAGAAUGACUUAUUCAGAUCAGAGAUGGUUGAGGGUGAGGUUCAGGCUGUGUUGAUUGACUGCAGCAGUGUCAUUUUUGUGGAUGUAGCUGGAGCUCGGCUAUUCGUACAGCUGUGUAUGGAGUGCCAGAAGGUUGGGGUACAGGUCUACCUGGCUAAUUGCAAUGUGAGCGUACUGAAGAUUCUCACAUCCAGUGGGCUGAUGAACUAUAUGAAUCCUCAACAUAUUUUUGUAACAAUCCAUGAUGCUGUGGUCUACAUACAACAACAGCGGGAGAAUCUCCAGAGAACAACACAACUGUAUGGGUGUGAUUAAACAUAUGGACACUUUCAAAGUAAUUGACUGGAAAUGGUAGGACACCAUAUUUCCGUGGAAGACUACAAGGGUCUCAGAGGGACUCUCAAAAUCAUUCCUAAACUCAACCAUUGUAUUUAUGCAUUUAUGCUCAACAUACUAUUUGUAGUGUUUUUAGGGUGAACAUUAUGUUAGGGCCCAUGAAUCAGCACCCAAAUAAUGGUAGUCCUUCACAUUUAUACUUAGUAUUCAGAACAUUGUGCUCUAUUCUCAUAGGACAGCGGUUGUUGUUGAGUUCCUGUGUAGAAAAUGAAAACAACAAAACUGAUGAAAAUGCUGUAAUUUUAUUGAUUUUAUAUUUCUGAAGACCCAGGGAAACUUUUCUGUCUAUCAGAAGGUCUUGUUUUAGUUUUGUUCUAUGUUUUCUGAGUGAGAGUGAGAAUGCACCGAGUGGCAUGAGCUUACAUAGUUGCCACCUUUUACACCAUUUUAGAGAAUACAUAUUUGCUGUGUGUGAUAUUGAAGUCUAGAUCCAUAAGCUAUUUAUAAUAAUUAUGCAAUCUUCAAAUCCAUUUUGAACUAAUUGUCAGUCCUUAAAUUGUCAUGUCAAAGGACAAACUGAAUAAAUCAAAAAAUGAUUCAUUGAGAUACUUUUUAGUUUAAUAUAUCCUGUAUUCCUUUAACUAAUCCAGAUCUCUGUAAAUUAAAGGUCUUCGCUUUGGAAUGGCAUGCAGUAAUGAGGUUUGGUGAAGUCUAACUGUUGAAAUUUCACAUUGCCUAUAAACUAUUGCUGACUGACUACCUAAUUAUUGUUCUUUACCUUAUGAAAUCAUAUUGACAGGCUAGUAGUGAUUGAUGCUAGUUGAGCUAAUUUUGGCAAAACUAGUGCAUAUUGAAAAAUGAAAGGGAUUGUUUCACAAACAAGGCAUGUUGUGGCAAAAUAUUUUAUUGUUUAAAUACACAGUACCAUAUACCCAAAAUAAUAUUUACAAAUUCUAUAAAAUACUAAAAUACAAUAUUAAUAAUAUAUAAAAUACAAUUAGAAACAUUUUAUAUAAUUUCAUAAUAGUAUAGAAAAUAAUGAACAAUUUUCUAAAUAUUUUCAUAAUACAUGUAAAUAUACUUCAAAUAUAAAGUAAAUAAAAAAAAUAUAGAAUAGUUAAACAACGAUAACAUUUGCCAUAAAUACAGCAACGGUCUAUUGAUGAGCUGCUGCCACCUUGUGGCUAAAUUCGUUUUCAUUUAUUCAUUACAAGGGGUUCGAUAUGAGCGAGUAUAUUUUGUUAGUGACACAAAUGUGUAACUAGGGGGUUAAUCAUUAAAAGAUUACAAUUACUUAACAAUAUUGUAAUUGCAUUUGAAUGGCAUGCCCUGAUAACUGGAGGGCAGAACAAGUAAGAACUCAGCAGGGUGUUCCUGGCUCAUAUUUGCCUGUUUGAUAUAGCCUACACCCUACAAAGACAUAGAUACAUCACUGCCAGAUUAUUUUGAAUGAGAGUAUUAUCUUAACAAUGUAGUGACAAUAUUCAUGUUAAUAGUUGUUUAAUAUUGUAGCAAAUAAACAUUUAGCAUCAAAUAUCUCCCCUUUGUGUCUCGUAAAACUGACAUUGUGCAUUUCUUUUUGUGUUCUUUCUUAGUCAUAAGAACACACAUACGUGCACACACACAAAAUAUUUUCCUGCCUACCUAUUUUUCAUAAGCCUUGAUUAAAUUUUGCCUGGCACACCUGGAACAUGACCACAAAAAAAAAAAAAAAAAGAAGCACUGGUAUAGUAAGUCUCUGCUCAUAUCUAAAUGCAUUUUAUUUUCAGUGAUCAUUACUUGCCCUUUUUUUUUUUUUUUUCAUACAACACCACAGUAACAUUGAUGUAAACUUAAAUGUGUUCUCAGCCUGUGACUGUUAAAACUUCAUACAAUGGCACAAUGCUCAAGUUUUAAAGCAACAACUUAGCCUAUUAAAAUGAUUAGAGAUGGUCUUGAUUUGAACUUUUUUCUUUGACACUGUUCCUCCGACCCCCGACCUUCUGGUCAGUAACACUGAGCCUCAACCACUGAGCCACCACUGCCCCCGAAAUCCAACAAUCUAUUUACAUUUACAUUUAUGCAUUUGGCAGACGCUUUUAUCCAAAGCGACUUACAGUGCCCUUAUUACAGGGACAAUCCCCCCCGGAGCAACCUGGAGUUAAGUGUCUUGCUCAAGGACACAAUGGUGGUGGCUGUGGGGCUCGAACCAGCAUCCUUCUGAUUAUGGCGCUUAGACCACUACACCACCACCACUCCAAUCUGCUCUUAUCUCCCAAUUUUAUUUGUAAAAUAGUAUUCACUUUAUUCCAGAUAUUGUUUACAAGAUAUAGCUUUUUUAAUUUAAUUUGCAGCUAAGAAUCUCCAACCAUAUACUCACAUUUUGCGCUCCACUUCCUCGAUCACCCCAUCAUUCCAGCAUAAU